AUGGAGGUUGCUCCUUUGGCCCUGGCCCACACCCAUGCACGCAACGCAGUCCUCGAGACUCGCAAGGCCAAUCCCGUUGCUGCCAGUGAGGAACACGAUCUAGCUGCUGGCGAAUUUGCAACAGCGUCACAGAGCAGCUCUGACCCUGAGGCCUUACGGACACUACGGUUGCUCGAAACUCACCACAAGAAGCUCGCCGAAAUCCUCAGAUUCCAGCAUGAACACCCAGCCAGUACUCUUGCUGAAACAGCAUCCGCUACUCAUUCCUCGCCUAUAGCGACCCAGCAGACCGCAGGAGAAUUUGGGGGCGCAAAAGGCUCUGCUACGAUCCUGGAUGCAUACAAUUUACCUCCACGGUUGGGAGGAAAUGCUCGCUUGUCGAGUCGGGACACGUCUUCUAUCGCCAGUAAUCUUGCUUCCGCACGAGGAAUCCCAUCUCAUCCCCGCCGUGGGUCCCCGGCGUCGCCAACGCUUACUUCACAAUAUGCUGCAGCAAAGAUGACCGACACGCCACAGAGGGUGGGGACUAGCGAAGCGAGGCUUCGCGAAGGCUCAGCCAGAAAUAGAUCCCAUCUUGUUUCUGCAUCUAGACAGCCAUGGUCUCCCCCGAUACCCAGUUCCACUGAGGUGACUGCCCAGCAAACUGCACCUCCCAGCGCAGCGGGAUCCGGAACCUCCAAAGAUACACCCGCUAUCACCGACGAAGCAUUCAAUCGCUUCUAUUCAGCUUUUGGGGGUUUAGUCUCCAAAGUGUCGGGACCUUUGGCAUUCGCAGGUAUCCAUGUGGGAUCGACAGAUCCAACCCGAGCAGAACAGAGCCGCAAGUCGUCAGCUGAGGUGAAACUAGACCGUGAUCAUGCUACUCUAGACCGGUCUAUGAUCGCCGGAGAGCCAGACGUGAACCGCAUUUUCUCUCGAGCUGCAUUGCGAUCGGUUCGCGACGGUUCUAACGCCAGUCCUGGGAACCCGGCAGAGUCAUUCUAUGUAGUCCCAACUACGGGUGGGACGAUGUCGUACGCAGGGAUCCUCACACGGGCUGAAAAGCAGGCGCGCCGGAAUAGCCUGGAGGACGGCGAUGAUGACUUUGUGGAUGCGCGAGAGACUCCUUCAUCUCCCGAAAUGCGCCAUAGUGCCAAUGGUUCACGCAUAUGGGCGGGACGUCGGGGAGCAUCAGAUACGCUUGCCUCCCCGCAGAUGCAAAAGACAAUGGAAGAAAUGCAGAUGGAAAAUGAUACUUUGAGGGGUCUGACUGAUUCGCUCGCAACUCGAUUGCAUAUGUGGGAGGUGAGCGCACAAUCGUCGUCAAUGGCUUUGCAGCAAUCAAUCAGGAUGAUGCAUCGCCAAACCGCUGGUACUCCUGAUGACUUCCAACCCCCAACAGCAAUCACUUCUCCUGUCGCUACUCUGACCGCCCCGCCGGCCGCUGAGAAUGAUGCGCGAAUCAAAGAACUAGAGGAGCAAAUUCGGCGUAGUGAGCAGAGACUUGAAACUGCUUCUCACGAGAACGAAAAGCUCAAGAAUGUUCUGGGACGGUAUCGCGACCGCUGGGAGAAAUUGAAAGAAGGAGCCAAAACUCGGAGAGCGGAAGCUCGCUCUGGAGAGAAUCAAAGCAAUCAACCAUCUAGUGCCAUAACCAAGCAGCCCGAGGUCUCAGGAUCCCCAGACCCAAGUCAAAGCCCCUCUCACGGUCAGCCAGGAUCUCAGAUUGCAAGUGAUAAUGGGGCAUGA